GCCUUAUUAGCUUCAGAACCAAAGAAAGGUAAAGCAAGUCUACUAAAAAUGACGAUGAAAAGUUUGAUAAACUUGGCUUUACCUUCAGAUAUGCUCGCAAGUAUAAUUUCUCAGGUUCAUGCAUUAAAUAUCUUGAGAGCUUUAUUCAAGGAUACCCGCUUAGGUGAAAAUAUCAUUCCUUAUGUGGCAGAUGGAAUGCAAGCAGCAAUAUUAGGUUUUACUUCUUCUGUCUGGGCAGUGAGAAAUUCAUCUACGCUUCUCUUUAGCACUCUCAUUACAAGAAUAUUUGGAGUUAAGAGAGGAAAGGAUGAGAGCUCAAAGAAAAACAGAAUGACAGGGAGGGAGUUCUUUACUCGAUUUCCAAGUCUUUAUCCAUUUUUGCUCAGUCAAUUGGAACAAAUAACCGGUACAGCAGACAGUAAAACUAAAGAGUUGAAGCUUCACCCAAGCUUAUUUCUCUUGCUUUUGGUCUUGAGUAAGCUGUAUCCAUCACCAAUGGAUGGCACAUAUUCAGCCCUUAGCAUGGCUUCCUUUGUUCCUCUUAUUUUGAGAUGUGGUAACUCUCCUGUGUACCGUUCACGUGAACUGGCUGGAAGAGCCCUUGUUCCCUUCGUUAUGCUAAAUUUGGUGCCACAGACAGUAUCUUCUUUGUUAGCUGGCCUUCCAACUAGCACUGAUCCUUAUAUACGGCAGAAUGCAGUUCAUGGAACGCUAUUACAAGUCCUUCACUUGCUACAAUCUUAUUUGGAAUCUAAACAGAGGGCUAAUUCAGAUUUUCAUCAGGGUUUGAGCAACAUUAUCACUAAUGUAUGUGGCAAGCUAUGGUUGGCAAAUAGGCAAAAUCCUUGUCUGGUGACUAGAGCAGCAUAUCUUGAUGUCCUUGUUCUGUUGAAUAAUUAUCUGGGGAAGGCAAAAAUUAAAGAAACAGAUAUGAACACAUUUUGGGGGAAAAUUAGCACUAUUAUCUUGGAUUCUGAACUAGCAACGGGUAUCAAGCAUUCUCCUGCAGUCCCAGGACUUACUCAGUUUCUCCAGAGCAUCACCAGACUCUUCACAUCUAUGUGUUCAGAACCUAGAUUUGCAAACAGGAAUUUACUUACUAAAAGUAAUACAAUGAAUCCAUGUUUGUCAGUUGAAUACCUGCUACAUUCAGACUUUUGUGAAGUACGCUUAUUGGUCUUAGAAACAAUCCUGCUAUGGUUGAAUCAAGUGAAUGCAAAACAUGUGAUGGAAGAAAAAGGAAAUGUUCUGUUGAAUCUACUAUCUGGCUUGGAGGAAACACUUAUUAAGAUAGCUGUUAAGGAAAAGCAUCCUGAAUGUUUUUGCAAGAUAUUAGAGGUUCUGUAUAAAAUGGACCUCAGAAGUGUGCUUGCAAAAAUGGAAGAUGCUGUAAAAAUGAAUCCAAGAGAGUUCUUGCAUUGGAUUAUGAAUAUUGCAAAUACUUCUGGCAGCAUUGAAAUUCAAAGCAUAUCCCUUAAAUUUGCCUCAGAGUUGCUUGUAUAUCUUAUACAAAACUGGCAGGAGGACUUGGAAUCAGAGACAAAACAAUGGCUUGAAUUAGUUAGCUAUUGCUGUGAAGAUGAACAACAAACAGAUCUGAGAUUGGCUGCUGCAGAGAUUCUUGUGAGCAUUACACCAUUUUUCCUGACUGAUCAGAAGCUUCCCUUGGGUCUGCCUGACACAUUGUUCCUUUGGAGAUGUGUUGUUCAACUGUUGCAGAGUGAAGAACAGAUAGUCAGAGAUACAGUUGCUGGAGUUAUAAGACUAGCUCUGUCUCAAGAAAAUAUAUUUAGGAAAACAGAACUUGACUUCCAUGUAGUAAAUGCAGCCUUAGCUUUGGAUUUAGCAUUCUCCUUACUUUGUGAACUGCUACAGUUAUGGGGACAGACAGGUGCUGGAGUCUCAGUCUUACUGGAGUGGCUGUUAAAAGAAGAUGACUUGAAUGAUCUAAAAUCUACAAUUGUGAUGGGAAAUGACUACCUGUUUGACAAAGGAAAAACAAAUUUUUGGGCUGAGAAGUUAACAGAGGUACGUCAGCUCAGUAAACAUCUCCUUCUGCUCAUACCAGUGACUCAUGUUAGUUCAUGUGAGCAAAGAAAACUCUGUCAGUUGGCAAGAUUAGCAUCAGAUCAGGCCCAACUUGUGACACAGCUUCUUAAAGAAAUGCCUCCAACUCCAGAAUUUUCACAGUCUGUAGAAUUUACGAAGUUAGCUAUUCAGAAUGAAAGAAUAUCACUUUGCCUUAAGAUACUAAGUUUGCUUGAAGUUGGAAAUGGAAUUUGCAAAAGUUAGGAAAAACGUGAAAUACAACUGCUUGCUCUUUGUCAGUUACCAAAUGUAACUGCUUUGUGAACAUGAGAGGGUGCAGUUAUUUUUUGUGUCAUACCCAUACAAAGAACUGUAUCUAGAAAUGUUAGAUAUUUCUUGUACAUAAAUCCACUGAAGUCUUCAUUCAAAUUAACACAAAGGGAUCAACUUGUUAAAAUAUGUAAUUUUCAUUUGGGGCAAGAAAUUUUUUAUAGCUUUGCACAGAUGCUGGUCAUCUGUGAAACUGAUUUUAUUCUGUAAGUUGUUCUUCCUGUUUUCAUAUAUAGAAAUAUGUCAGAUUGCAUUGCUUCUUUUAUUUGUAUAUCACAGUCUAUGCACUAAUAAUUGCAUCAGAGUUGUAAAAGAAUCUUAAAAUAAAGCUGAAUGUUAUAUCACAGCAGAUUUUUUUUUAACUUUUUUAAAAUCAUGAUUGAUUUUUAAGACUUGAUUGGGGAAUAACUACAGAGUGGCAGUCAAAUAUGCUUUGUUUUCAUUCAGCUGGAUAUAAGCAAUUGUGCACUAGAAUGCUGUAAUGUAGGAUAGAUAGUCACCUAUAAUUCUCAAAAUAUAACUUUUCAUUUUUCCUAAUCAUUCAAUGAAUAAAUCUAUUUCAUACUUUGCAGAAUACCUCAGCUCUAAUGUUAUUAUAUGGUAGCAGUUUGCUUUGUUUUAUAUAAAUACUUGAAACAGGCAUUAGGUGGUGCUAUAAUACUAUUUUGCUAUACAACCACUACCUAGAUGAUGUUUUCUUAAGUUCAAGAUAAUACUGAAAAAUUGGAAUAUUAUGCUAGUAAAUGUAUCUUCAGUGGACUAAUAUGACACUGCUUGACUCUGAACAAUUGUUU